AUGGGUACGGUUAUCAGUACGGUGGACGAUAUUGCAGAAUGUGAACUGUUGAAAAAGCUAUGCGACAAGGAGAAUAUCGAUGAGAAUGAUCCGUUCUGGAACAAACUGUUUUCUUUUAAUAUCCAUUUAGAUUUACAAGACAAGUAAGCCUUAUCUUCUUGCUCAAACAUUGUAUCUUUGUUUUAGAAAGAUUCAAGAAGCUUUACUGUCAAAAGGAGAAGAUCUACUGCAAUCUUUUCUUCACACAUCUUCGACUUCUGGCAAUUUUUCCUCUUUGGUUCAGGUUUUCUUCCGUUAUAACAAGGAGUUGGCAGAAUCUGUUAAAUGUGAAAAGUAAGCCACGACUAUAAGUGAAAUUUUAUUGUUUUAGUAAGGUGUUUGUAUGGCAAGUGACCAAUUGUUUUUUGUUGAUCAGAAACGUGCUGAACUUCUUUGCAUUGAGGCUUUGUCCACAGGAGUUUGCGAAGAUUUUUACGUUUGAAAAAGUUGUGAAUGAAGAAGACAAUGAUGUAGAAGAGGAACAAGAAGCGUCAGACAAUGAGUACGAGAGCUCAGCAGAAGAAUUUUUAAAUAAAUUAGUGGACAUUUUGGUAAAGAUUCCAGUAAAGUAAGUUUUUUUACAAGCUAUAGGUUUUAGGUAUUUUAUAACGUCUAAAUCACUGUUUUCAAACAUAAUAUACACUUUUUUAGUGAAAUAACGAGAGAAUUGCACGGCGAAGUGAUUAGAACGGUUCUGUGUUUGUUGAGUACGCAAUUGUACGAGGAGAACGUGUCAGAAGAAUCAGAAUUUCUUCGAUAUCUAAUGAAAUGGUGAGGAGAUUAAUAAUUUAUUGAUUUUCAAAUUAAACAUUAUUUGAUAUCCAAAUUUCAGUGACAAACCACGAGAACUAGUCAGGUGUUUGUUGGAGAAUUUCUUGUACCAAACGGAUGAGAUCACUGUCUACAAAAAGCCGGCGGCAGCAGAUUCUUUAGUGUUGUCAUUAGCUUGUAAGUUUUUUAUUAGUGUUAUGUUGUUUCUUGCAAACUUGUUUUUAUAUCCUUAAUAUAAAACUAUUUGUGUACAUUAUAAAACACUAGUUCAUGACUUAUUAUGUAUGAAAUUUAGCAUCAGUGUGGUCGGCAUUUUCUAAAACAGUCGUUGGCGAGGAAGAAACAGCCAAAGUUGUGAAUUUGGAUCACUUUCCACCUCAAAGUGUCUCGUCGUUAAGUGUAACAUUACUAUUGAUAUUGGUCUGUCGGCCGAAGUUUGAAAAUGAAGUUAAUCCUUAUAAAAAGAUGUUGUCGCUGUUCCAAAAUGCGCAAGGUAAUUUUUGUUAUUUAUCUAUAUUAUGAGUAUAUUUUUGAAUAAUUUAACAUUUUUUUAAAUUUCAGCUUGGUUUUUAUACUUUUUGAAUUUUUGAAAUUUUUUAGAAGUUUCGUCUUUGGCCAAUCUGGAAGCCAGUUUCAAACUAGACUUCUCAACUUUGUACAGUAGACUGUGUGUCACAUGUAACGACAAACAACCUAUGUUGUUGUUGUACAUGGUUCUUCAUGCCAAUUCUUUCUUCAGAAACUUUGUUUUGUCCAGGAUUAACUUGGAAGAGUUGGUGCUACCUGUUUUGAAAGUACUCAACGAUGGGUUGACGACAAGUUCCGUAGGAUCACAUUCGCACCAGACUUACCUGGCAAUGAUUGUGAUUCUUAUUUUGAGCGAAGACGACUUUUUCUGUAAAUUGAUUCACGAAGUUGUAAGUUUUGUUGUAAAGGAUGUUUUACUUAUAUUAUUUUAUUGUGUAAUUCGUUGUUUCAGAACAUAAAGUCAGUACCAUGGUAUCCAAAUCUGUCUGAUGUUUCUUUGGGAGGACUUACUAUGUGUGUGUUUGCCAUGACGAUACAUACGAAUACAGUUAAAACAAGGGUAAUAUAUUACGUUAUUUUUCUUCGUAAUAAUAAUAUUUUAGUGGUUAAAGGUUUUUAAUUAAUGGUAAGGCUAACAGUAGAAUGUUUUGUUUUAGGACAGGUAUCUGCACACGAACUGUCUGGCUGCGUUGGCCAAUAUGUCAUCGUCUUUUAAGUACCUGAGUCCUUAUGUAUCUCAAAAGCUAAUUGGAUUACUGGAAACGAUGACGAAACGACAUUCUAAAAUGAUUCAAAGUCUCAGGGAAAACGCAGAAUCUGAAGAACAGGAUGAACAAGAACACCAAGGAUCUGAACUGGUACGUUUGGUACUCUUUGAAUGUUUUUGGCAAUAUAAGAGGUUGAUUUUGCUUAAUAGUAGUGACAAUUAUUAGUCACGGUUAUAUUUCAUUAUUUUGAUUUACUUAAAAUAAUGAUCUUUGAUGUUUCAGAACCGUGACAUAAUGGCGCUAGAAGAAGGGAUACGGAUGAUUCUGGAAGUGAUAAACUCCGCGCUCUGCUCUAACCUCAGGUAUAAUGCUAACCUGAUAUACAGUAUCUUGUACAAACGUGAAUUGUUCGAACAGUACCACCAUCACCCCAUGUUCCAUGACCUGGUGUGGAAUAUCUACAUGGUAAGCUGAUACGUGAGAUUGUGAUAUGAGCCGCGAAAUAUUACAAAUGUUCGAACGGGGAAAGUACUUUUUAAAGAAGCUUUCGGUGGAAGUUGCUCGAUGGGAAGGGUUAGACUUUGCAAUAAGGUUGACCAAAUGGGGAAUUCGAAACACAACAUGCCUUCUAGUCAUGUAUUUUGUGACUUGUGCAGUAAAGGGCAUGGAUAUACGAUGUGUAAAUAGCACGUAUAUAAAUGGGAGCACAUGGUAACAACACAACUAUAUAAGUGAAAGCACAAUGACCGCCUACCUACUUUCAGGUCAUAAACCACUUUUCGUCGCGUAUCGAGAAUGUGGACGCGACAUCGGUUAAUGUGGUGCUGGAGGCGAUUAAGAAAGAAGCGAUCCAGUGGCCAACUGAUCGCCUGAAGAAGUUCCCUGACCUGAAGUAUCGCUAUGUCGAGGACGAGAACACGAUUGACUUUUUUGUGCCUUACGCCUGGAGAUUGGUGUUCGAGAGUUGUGGAGUCUUCUUCGACUCCCACCUAGUCAAACUCUUCAAAGCGACAAGUAUUUAA